UCCGAUGCAGUCAUAUCCCAGCACUGUUACUGUGGCAGCACAUUGCAAGUAUGGCCGGGGACAGUGAAACACAUCUGGAGGACCGCGGCGAGAAAACCAAUGUUAUUCGACAACCUUUUCUCAUCGGUGUCUCCGGAGGCACAGCCAGCGGCAAGUCGUCAGUGUGUGAGAAAAUUAUGGAGCUGCUGGGUCAGAACAAGAUCGACCAUCACCAAAGACAGGUGGCGAUCCUGAGCCAGGACAGUUUCUACAAGGUGUUGACUCCAGAGCAGAAAGCCAAGGCACAAAAGGGCCAAUUCAACUUUGAUCAUCCAGAUGCCUUCGACAAUGAGCUGAUCAUGAAAACAUUGUGGCAGAUCCUGCAGGGCAAGACUGUCCAGAUACCUGUUUACGAUUUUGUUACUCAUUCCAGGAAGGACGAGUUUAUCACUGUAUACCCGGCAGAUGUGGUCCUAUUCGAGGGCAUCCUCAUGUUCUAUUCUCAGGAAAUCAGAGACGUGUUCCAGAUGAAGCUGUUCGUGGACACAGAUCCAGAUACGAGGCUCUCCCGUCGAGUCUUAAGAGACAUCAGUGAGCGAGGGAGAGAGCUGGAGCAGGUCCUGACUCAGUACAUUACUUUUGUGAAACCGGCGUUUGAAGAAUUCUGUUUACCAUCAAAGAAGUAUGCAGAUGUGAUUAUUCCUCGGGGAGCAGAUAACCUCGUGGCCAUCAACCUAAUAGUACAGAACAUCCAAGACAUUCUGAACGGUGGGCUGAGCAAGCGUCACAACGGCUGCUUGAACGGCCACAGCACUCCACGACAGCGACGGACCUCCGAGUCCAGCAGCCGACCUCAUUGACCACAUCACACCUCUCUUCACACGGCGGAGAGGGGUGUGGGGGUUGUGCUGUAAAUAAUGCCUGUCUAAAGUUUAAAAAAAAAAAAGAAA